CAGUGAUUCGAGAGCUAUCGAGGCAGCGCGUGCCGAACGCGUAUUGUUUUCCAAAUUUGUUUUAUAUUAUUUAAUGGGGCUCACAUUGGUGUCCCUAUAUAGACGAGAUUAAGCGAUUGAAGGAAUCUUAUCAGUCCGUUAUCGGCCAAACCAACCGAGUAUAAGAUAGCCACCGGCUGCUUCCACCCCAAUCAGUUUACGUUUGUACUUGGACUUGGACAGAGCUAGUCAUGACACAUAACCGGAGCAGUUGGAUCGGCUGCAGUUUGGGUGGCCUUCUGGUUGCCCUUUUGGCCCUGCAAUCGAUGCCCCAAGGCAGCGAAGGAGCCAACAUCCUGGGCGUCUUCACCAGUCACAGUCCAUCGCUUAUCGUGCACAUGUCCAUCAUGAAGACGCUGGCCGAGAAGGGUCACAACAUAACAGUCGUUUCUGCCGUGCCACCCAAGGUGACCCAUAAGAGCAUCAAGCACAUUGUGGUCCCAAUGAAUGCCGAGGAUGAAAAGAUCCUUAACGAAGGCAUGUCCACUAUGGUCAAGGAGAAGCCAUCGAUUUGGAACACCUUCAAAUCGAUUUUUACUUCACUGGGCUUGCUUAUUGAUAAGCAGGUGGACGUACUCGAAGAUCCGCGCUUCCAGGAGCUCUAUCUGAACAAGGGCAACAAGUUCGACGUUGUCUUCGUCGGAUUCUUCUUUAAUACCUAUCAGGUGGCCUUGGGUGCCCGGUUCAAUUGCCCCGUAAUUGUUUCCUGGUCGGGCCCGCCAAUGAUGAUGGUUAACGAGGUUCUCGGCAAUCCUGAGCUUUCCAGUGUCCCCCAAAUGCAUAUAUCGGCACCACCUGGUCAGCCCAUGACUUUCCAACAGCGGCUACACAACUUUGCCAGCACUAUUGGUUUCAAUGCUCUUAAUAUUUACCUGAACCACAAAUACAAUACGUUCUAUGACCGACUUUGGGGCAAUGACAAGUCCAUGCCUAGUUUCGAGACGGCCAAAAGAAAUGUUUCGCUAGCCUUCUGCAAUGGUCAUGCUAUCAGCGAAGGUCCCAUCCGUCCUAACGUGCCUGGUAUUAUUGAAAUUGGAGGCAUUCAGGUUAAGACCAAGGCCGAUCCUCUGCCAGAAGACAUCAAAGAGUUUUUGGAGAAGGGAAAGCACGGAGCCAUACUCUUCAGUUUGGGUUCUAAUCUGAAGGGCGAACAUAUCAAACCCGAAGUGGUGGAAACUAUUUUCAAGGGCCUGAGCAGCGUGAAGCAGCAGGUGAUCUGGAAGUGGGACGACCCCAAGAACUUGCCUGGAAAGUCAGCGAAUAUCUUGUAUAAGAAAUGGCUUCCUCAGGAUGAUAUUCUAGCCCAUCCUAAGAUCAAUCUUUUCAUCACACAUGCUGGCAAGGGAGGUGUUGCGGAAGCUCAAUACCAUGGAGUUCCCAUGCUGGCACUACCUGUUUUCGCUGAUCAACCGGGAAAUGCCGACAAACUGACGGACAGUGGAUAUGGUUUACAACUGCCGUUGCUCACCCUAGAUGUGGAAGAGUUCAAAGCGGCCAUCAAAGAGGUGAUCGAGAAUCCCAAGUUCUCUCAGAAGCUAAAGAGCUUCUCCAAACUCUAUCGCGAUCGUCCUUUGAGUGCCCAGGAGUCGGUGGUCUACUGGACGGAGUACGUGAUCCGUCAUCAUGGUGCUGCUCACAUGCAGAGUCCUUUGGUUCACAUGAACUUCAUUGCCAGCAAUAAUCUGGACAUCUAUAUCGUCGCCGCCUUGGUGCUUUACAUCCUCUUCGUUAUUAACAAGAUAGUGUGGAAGUUUAUUUGGCGCAAAUUAUUUGGCAAUUCGAACAAAGCUUCUCAGAAGAAGAAGGUGAAGAAGCAGUAGAUAGGAUUAUACGAAUUUUAUACAUAGAGACAAAUUUAAAAAAAUAUACUGUGAAACGACCAAAAAACUUGUAUAAAAUAACUAAAAGCCAUUAAAUAUUUUCAAAAAAUUUUAAAA